CAGAACAGCCUUUCCAGGCUGAGUGGGUAAAGGAUUCAGAGAUGGAUGGUAACGCAGUCCACUUCUGCACAGACAACCAAUGUGUCUCCUUGCACCCCCGAGGGAUGGACCCCGUGACAGUGGCUCCUACUGCCCCCAAGAUGCUCAAGCUUAUUCAGGGUGCCAUGAUAUUCAUAGCUGUGACCCUGGUCUCCUCUCUUGUGGCUCUCUUUGUUGGGGCUCUACAGCCCCGAAACCCUACAUCGGAGGAACAUCCUUCCUUCCAAGACUUUCAAGUCAUGUUUCCAGGAGACAACACUACUGAACAGUUACCUGUGGAACUGAAUAGUCACUACUACUUUGGCAGGGUGCAAGACACUAUCCAGAUAUUUAAGAGCCACAUGGAAAAUUCCAGCACCUGGCAUGUGGAGAUCCAGAUGUUGAAGUGCAGAGUGGACAAUGUCAGUUCUCAGGUCCAGGUGCUUGGGGCUCAUCUGGGCGACACCAGGGCUGACAUCCAGAUGGUCAAAGGUGCUCUACAGGAGGCCAGUGCCUUGAGUCUGCAGACCCAGAUGCUAGGAAAUUCCUUGGAGGGGGCCAAUGCUGAGAUCCAGAAGCUGAAGGGAGAUCUGGAAAAGGCAACUGCUUUAACCUUCCAGACCCAGGAUUUCUUAAAAAGCAGCUCAGAAAACACCAGUGUUGAGCUCUACAUGCUAAGCAGAGGCUUAGAAAGUGUGAACACUGAGAUUCGAAUGUUGAAGGCAGGUUUGGAAAUGGCCAACACCCAGGCCAGCUUGGCAAAUAGUAGUUUAAAGAAUGCAAAUGCUGAGAUAAACACUCUGAGAGGUCACCUGGAUAGUGUCAAUGACUUGAGGACCCAGAAUCAGAUUUUAAGAAGUAGCCUGGAAGGAGCCCAGGCUGACAUGCAAAGGCUAAGGGGAAGCCUGCAAAAUGCAAAUACUCUAAACUCCCAGACCCAGACCCUUCUCAAAGGCAGUUUAGACAACACUAGAGCUGAGAUCCUCAUACUGAGAGGUCAUUUGGAAAUGGCUGGUAAUGAGAUGCACCUGUUAAAAGGAGAUUUGGAAACUGUCACUACCCAGACCCAACUAGCAAAUGGCCAUCUGGAGCAGACAGAUGCUCAGAUCCAAGUGUUAAAAGCAGAGCUGGAAAAUGCCAAUACCUUAAACUCCCAGAUCCAGAUAUUAAAUGGUCAGUUGAAAACUGCCAGCACAGAGAUACAGACCUUAAAACAAGGAAUGAAAGAUACUGCAGCCUUAAAUUCUCAGAUGCAGAUGUUAGGGAGUAAUCUUCAGAAGGUCAGUGCCGAGAUGCAGAAGUUAAAAGGGGAUUUAGAGAACACCAAAACUCUAACAGCGAAAAUCCAGGAGGAGCAGAGUAGCCUGGGGACCCUCCGUGCAAUCAUUGCUUCACUGGAGCAGCUACAAACAACCCAAAAUCAACUUCUCCAGCUGCUCCUGCAAGGCUGGAAGGUGUAUGGGGGAAACUUGUAUUACUUUUCUCAUGUCAAGAAGCCUUGGCAUGAAGCUGAGCAGUUCUGUGUGUCCCAGGGAGCCCACCUGGCAUCGGUCACCUCUCAGGAGGAGCAGGCAUUCCUGGUACAGUUCACAAGUACCUCUUACUACUGGAUCGGCCUCACUGACAGGGGUACUGAGGGCUCCUGGCGCUGGACAGAUGGGACACCAUUCAAUAAUGCCCAGAGCAAAAGGUUUUGGGACAAGAAUCAACCAGACAACUGGCCACAUGGGAGUGGGCAAUCUGAAGACUGCGUCCAUAUUCAGAAGAAGUGGAACGACAUAAACUGCAAUAACUCCUAUCAGUGGGUAUGCAAGAAGAAAACAGGCCUGGCAAUGGCCUGAGGCAGCCCAGAGCUGUGGGUCCCUCCUGGCUGCAGUAUUGUACCCUCCUCCCUGACAUGGAACUCAACCUGUCAUCUGCAGCCUUCCGUUGGCUUUUGUUUCCUGCCUUGUCUUCUCAUUUAGCCCUUUCAAACAUAUUCACCUCGUGUGACCCAGUGGGAUCAGUCGUUCCUCCAGGGAAGAGCCUUGCUGUGCCUCUGUUUUUCAUCAGCAACCAGCACAAGCCUAUGAGACAGCAGGUCUUCAAUAAAAACUCACUUAAUGAACACAAA